ACGAAGUUGUUCACUUCACUUGAACGUUAACUGAACUGAAAAGAACAAAUUGACUUUCCCUUGUACCCAAAAAAAAAAAAAAUUAACAAUGAAGAACACAAAACGAUACACUCCACUCCAGAUUACGAACUUCCAUCUGAGAAAUGCAGAUCUCAACUCUCCUCUUCCUCCUCUUCUUCUCUCUCCUCUCCUCCACCACUCGAGGUUUUGCGCCAUCUCCGUCACCGAGUUCCGGCGAAGACAUUGAGGCCGAUUCGUAUGGAGGAGCUCAACCAGCUCCGGCGCCGGACAAUUCGGGCGAGAAUAUAUCGUGGUCCCCGCUGGCACCGGAGGAGACGGCAUUGGAGACGACGGUGAGGUGGUGCGCCGUGAGAGAUGAGGAGUUUGUGGAUUGUGAGUACUUUAUCAGUCUCUUGAAGCCCUCUGACGGUUACAAUUGGCAAUGUGUCAAACAAGAUACAGCUCAAGAGUGUAUGGAUUCAAUAAAGAAAGGUCAGGCAGAUAUAGUAAACUUAGAUGCAGGACUUGCUUACAUUGCCUUCCUCAAUUACUCCAUGAAAGCCAUUGCCAAUGAGAUAUACUGCAACCAUGCCCAAACCUAUGAUGCUGUUGCAGUUGUAAACAGAAAGGCCUGCAUGGCUAAUCGGGCAAUCAAUGUGAUGGACUUUAAGGGACAAAGGUCUUGUCAUGGAGGCUACUCCACCGCUGCUGGCUGGAACUACCCAAUGUCUCAUAUCAAGAAACUGUUUGAUUCCAAGACAAUGAGUGACCGGGAAAUGGCUUUGAGUUUUUUCUCUGAGGUCUGUGCUCCUUCGGAAUUUGAAGGAAUGGGUGCUUGUACUGGGUGUGGAAAAGCGAAUGGGUCGUGUAAUGGGAACAGUUUGUUGUUCUUUGGUUACUCUGGAGCGUUUCGUUGUCUCGUGGGGGGAUUUGGGGAUAUUGCAUUUGUUAGAAGUGAUACUGCUUUGCUCUACUCCAUGGAAGGUCCUCAAAACCAGUCUUGGUCAACAAAAUCUGUUAGAGAUUUCAUGUAUCUUUGCCCACAAGGGGGUUGCAGAGAAAUCAAUGGCUAUCCAGGAUCCUGUUCGUAAGUGACCGAACUUCUUGUUGGUAUUGUUUUCGCUUUCUUUGUUAUAUAAAACAAAAACAAUGAAAAUUCAAAAAUACUCACCCAUUUCGUAUCUUUUGUCAUUUUUGUGUGAAAACAAUUUUUUGAUUUAAAAAAUGGACUGUUUUCCAAAAAUAAUAAUAUAAUAAUGAUAAAUUAUGAAAGCAGUAUGCCAAAACAAAUUUUAUAUUAAAAGAUAAAUUUGCUAAACAUAAAAAUGAUGUGUGAAAAUCUAUUCACCCCCAAAAAAUGUGUGAUAAUCACUGUUUGGAAUGAUUGAUAGGGGAAUGGAGGAAGGAGCCCAAAUAAGAAAUGAAUCAGUAAACUGGCCAGCAGCACUAGCAUGGUAGAACACAAAAUUUGAAUUGAUUAAAUUAUAACUUUGAAAAAAUUGAAGUUUAAGUACAAUUGUAACUCUGCUAUAAUUGUGCCUCUGUUAAAUGGGUUGAGAAUGUGUCUACUAGUAGAAAAAUUGCACUAGUGCAGGAGAUUAUAACAAUAUGUGAACAUUUAGUUAAAUUACUUAGGUGAAAAUGGUUCAAUUUUUAUUAAUCCACUGUAGAAUACAAGUUUCUGUGGUGACUCACAGUAUCUGAAAAAUUAAUUGCAAAUAUAUCGAGUGUUGCGCAAUGGAAAUAUAUUGCAGAAAAAUUAAAGAUCAAAUUAGCAAAAAAUACAAGAUUA